UAUUUUUGGUAUGGACGCUAUCGAUAUGUGGAUCAAUCCGCCCACCCAUUAAUAUCAAUCUUCACAGACUGUCAGACAGAUAUCAUCAGACAAGAUGAACCAGGACAACAUUUUGGCAAAGCUUAAGAAGGAUGUCCGCUCCUUGCUCGUGUCAUCUAAGUUAGGUUUGGACCCUGACAAACUCAGUCGGGACUACACAACUAUGUUAGGCCAUCCUCUGCCUCUGAAACUCCUUGGCUUCAGAAAUGUCAUGGAUAUGGUGAAAGACAUGCCUGAUGUGGUGUCGGUGAACUUUAAUAACAAUGGUGGCAUCUACUUAAAGGCUGUGAGCGAUGAGUCCACUCGAAAUAUCAUAGAGCUGGUUGCCAAGCAGCGUACAUCCACUGCAGACAAGAAAACUAAGAAGUACUUGCCACACCGCAAUUUUCACCAGUCUUCAUCAGUGAUUCUACCCAGACGAGGUGGUGCUCCUCUAGCCCUCCCCCCUCAGCUAAGGGCAAAGUUACGCCUCCUCCUCUCACAGGGUCCUCUUAAAAUGUCAGAACUGGAGAUUAGCUUUUUGCGAUGUUUUGGCCAACCUUUACGUGUCCAUGAGUUUGGCUUCUACACUACUGGAGAGAUGCUGCAAGCUGCUGAAGAUCUAGUCCAAGUCGAGCAGAGCAGGUUUGGCUCCAUCCUGAUUCUGAGAGAUCGUAUGGUGCCUAGACCUCUGCUGAGUCCAUUCCGCAAACAACCAAGCCCUGGGCCAGCGAAGACGGUUACCCCAACAACAAACACAAAAGUACAGAUCCCAACUAAAUCCCAAGGGGAUGUCCCGCUGCACUUGACUGGGAAUUGUAUCAACACUGUGUCAACAAAUGUCAGUUGUAAACAGCAGGUGAUUGAGAAGAACCAAGAAUCAGAGCCUAAGCCCUGCCAAGAAAGUCUCAUUCAUCAACGUUUCCUCGAGCUGGAAAAGGAGUUUUGCCAGCAAAUUGUUGAGAAUGGAGUGGCUGGCACCAUAAAUCAUGAGCUGAAAGAGAAACUGCUGAAGAUUGUCGGUCAAAAUGACUGUGGAUUAUCAGUUCACAAUUUACCAAAUGAAUAUAAGAGGCUUUUUGGCGAGGACUUGCCACUGAAAGAGAAUGGCUUUGUCAGUGUCACUGAGCUUGUUGAUGCUAUGAGCGACAUCUUCCACCUGCAACCUGCGGAGAAAGACAGUGGACACCACUGGCUCAUCAAGAACAUCCAGGCCUGCACACCUUUACCUUCAGGCGAUCUUGAUGCUAUAAAUCAGCCAAAUACAAGGUCUCACUUUGGAGACUCUCUGUGGGAAGGCAAGGAAGAUGGUGGUCACGAUUCAUCAGUGGACCAGGAUGAAGAGCUAUUGGCCAGCAACCAUUCGAUGAACCAAGAAGGGAUGUCAGAGAUGUGCCCUGCCAUUAAGGUUUACUGCAGCACCUCUAUUCCGCCGGACGCCAUGCAAACUCAACGUCUUAAACAGCCGACGCAGCAUGCCAUUCGAGAGUUGGUACAAGUCAGGGUGGAACAAGUGGAGUCUCCUGGGCUCUUCUAUAUAUGCUUUAACGAGAGCGAGGAGGCCCGUGAGUUGGUGGACAUGAUGGUUAAGAUGAGACGAUGUUACUCCUCUCCUGAAAUCUCAGCUCGGUACCACCUUCAAGAGCAAUUUGUCAGACAGGGUCAGGUCUGUUGUGUGUCAUCCAAGUACAUGUUUUUCUACCGGGGAGUGAUUCACCACGUUUUCAGCCUCAACAAGGUUGAGGUGUAUCUUGUGGACUUUGGCAAUAUAAUCACUGUAAACAUUGCAGACCUGAAGUUUCUCAAGUCAAGUUUCUCCUCAUUACCAGCACAAGCUGUCCCGUCAUCACUAGCUGGAAUCAAACCAACAACUGGGGUUUGGACUUCAGAGGCCACCGCUUCCUUUGCCAAGCUUUGCUGUGAUCGCACCCUAGUGGCCGCUCCAUAUUGCUACACUAGAGAUGUUCUCCAGCUCUACCUGUGUGACACACAUACUGAUGAAGACAUCUACAUCCAUCAAUACCUCAUGAGCAAGGGACAUGGGGUGGCCUGCAGCCCCUCAGUCAGUGCAGAAUUGUGUGUCCAGUUCUCCCCUGUUAGUCUAUACCUGGGUGAGGGCACAUUUGACCUGCCACAUAUUGAAGACUCCAACACUUGUAGCCUUCAGCCAGCAGAGUCAAUGUUAGCCGCACUGGAGCCUGAAGCAGACGAGUUGCCCGAUUUGGAGUUGAUUGAGGACAAUGAGUUCAGCAUCCAUAGCCAGAAUCUUUCAUUGACACAUGAAGAGGACAAACAGGAUCCUAUGGUCACAGAAGCAUCCACAGUUUCUCUACCUCAUGCCUUUAAGACCCUGAAGCAACACCAGGACUGCAGCAUUCAGGGUACACACAGAAGCAGAUAUUUGGGUAUACAUGUCAAGCAAGAACCACGCUUGGGUUUGGGCUUUCUGCCUUGGUUGGGUUGAGAUGGAACUAGAGAAAGCAUGGAACACAGGGCUAGGAGGCUGUGAACAGGUGAAGAAGAGGAGAGAGAAGUUAACAGCAUACUGAAAUGUACACUUCAAUUAGAUCCCAUUCGUGUACUGCAUUUCAUUUUAGAGUUUAGUUUGCAGUGGUGCUGCUGUUUUGUUGGAUCUUCUUUUGAUAGCUGCAUUGGUUCUGAUAUUGUCUGUUCAUAAAGUGCUCAGUCCCAAAUUGUGUAGGAAAAAGCAGACCAAGAUAGAUAUAAAAUAAAUAAAUAACUUCUAAAAUUGGACCUCUACCAGUACACUCACAAUGUAAUCAUAGUAAACUCCAUUUGAGGUAAAUGAAAAAAUAUAUAUAUACAUAAGUGUGCAUAGCUUUAAACUAAUACUACAUUAAAGCACCUUGGUUAUAUAUACUAUAUACUAUACUAUAUACUAGCAAAAUGAUUGCUCCAUGGGAGAACAUUUGGGAAGUGGUUUGCGAUAAUUACAGAAUCCUAGAAAUGAGGCCAGGGAAGCACUGAAGGUUCAUCUCAGUGUUGUUCAAAGUUUAAAGGCUUGUAGUCUUGGGCCUUUCUGUGUGGAGCUUGCAUGUUUUCGCGAAGCUUUAAAUUCAUCUGCUUGGGACAUGGAUUUGCAUUCAUUAAACGUUAUUUAAAAUGUAAAGAAUACAAAUAUUUACGUAUCAAUGUAUGAAAGAAAAUAGAAAAACAAACUGUAAAUACAUCCUGACUGCGCAUCGUUGCGAGCCUGAAGUUUGUUUCCAAAGAGAAGAUCAUGGUAGCGUGGUUUGAUGUGCGCAAGUAAAAGGCACAGCUCUUUUUACAGCCCAUUUUGCUAAUCUUGUUUUAGUAGUGGUCAACUACUCUAGUAAUUGGAUGGAAAUAAUGGUAGUUCAUUUGAAUUUUAAUCAGAAAUUACUGUACACAACACACAAGGGAUUUAACUGAUUAGCAUGACUAAGUGACAAAAAACAUAUUGUAAAAGUUGCUGUCACAGUUUGAGUUGAAUUUUGCUUCCAUGUACCCCCAUUAUCCCUUAUUAACCUAGGAAGGUUUUUUUUUCCUGCAGCCUCAAUAAAAAAAUAUUGUUAAUGUUA